AUGGAGUUCUGCAUUGUGAAGGACGCUAGAUUGAACAUCCUUGGUAAUCCGUGGAUGCGAACCUUGAGCGCUGCUAUUUGUUUCAAGAAUGACGAAGUCCGAAAUGAAGUUGGUCAACUACCAUUGUUUACUGGUGAGAUGGUUACCUAUGCUGAUGUCUUUAGUACUACACAAAGUAUUGUUGAUGUCAACAUGUUAUCGGACCUAAAACAGAAUCUGGACUUUCGGUCAUUGAAUGCGGUUACGAAAUCAGACCCUUUUAAUGCUCCUGACGCUGCUGCCAUAAUCCGUCAACUCGGACACUCAAAAUUGUUCGUAGUGAUGGACCUGAAGAACUCCUUUGGUCAGACGAAAAUCCAUCCUGAUGACAGGCACAGGACAGCUUUCUGGAAUCCACUAGGUCAAAUGGAAUGGCUUGGAGUACCAUUUGGACUGUUGAAUGGAACGUCUGCCCUAGCACGAUGGCUCUACCUGAACGUAAUCGACCUUGAAGGUAUCGCUGUUUAUGUUGAUGAUAUUGUCAUUCAUGCAGACGAUGAAUUUGCACUACUUAAGUACUUUGAAGCCAUGAUGAAACGUCUAUGUGAAAUUGGUGCCCAUGUCAAUGUCGGCAAAUGUAAGUUUGGCAUAGAAGAGAUUGAAUUCCUAGGCUUCAAUACAAGGGCAGGGAAGUUAACUCCGCCUGUCGAAUCCAUCAAUGCUAUUAAUGCGAUCAAGGUUCCACAUGGUGCCACUACCAUCCGUCGAUUCUUAGGGAUGGUUGGGUAUUUCAGGAGUUUCAUACAAGGUUUUGCUGAAAUUGCAGGACCACUCUACGAACUACUUCAAAAAGAUACUACUUUCAAGAUGACUACUGAAAGACUUAAUGCUUUUCACCAAUUACAAAAGGCUCUGACAGAAUGCCCUACUCUACAAAUCCACAUCCGAGCUGGCCAUAUGUGCUAG